AUGCUCACACGAUACGGAGUCCUCUCAUGGCUCGCGCUGUCGACUCUGGCAGCCGCCAACCCUCCGGCAGCGCCUCCAGCCCAGCAGCAAUGCGAGCCGCCCAAGACUGAGACGAUUGUGCACACCGUCCACGAGACCGUUCAUGUUCCUACAACAGUUCACAAGACGGUACACGUCACGCUGCCAGGAGAAGUGAAAACAGUCCACGUUCCUGUUCCGACGACAAUACACCAGAUCGAGACUGUCCACGAAAAAAUACCCGUACACGUGACGGUUCAUGUCCCGACGACGAUAAAACAGACCGUACACGUCACUCAGCCCCCGCAGGUGGUGAAGGAGACAAUACAUAUCACAGAAACGAAGAAGGAGGUCCACACACUUCCUCCCCAGGUGGUCAAGGAGACCGUUCACAUCACGCAGCCUCCUCAAAUUGUGAAGGAGACGGUCCACGUUACCCUUCCCCCUCAGACAGUUCAUGUCACUCAGCCUCCUCAGGUAAUCAAAGAGACCAUUCACGUCACUCAACCUCCUCAAGUCAUUAAGGAGACGAUACACGUCACCCAGCCUCCCCAGGUUAUCAAGGAGACGGUACACGUUACUUUACCUCUGCCUCCUCAGACGAUUCACGUCACUCAGCCUCCGCAGGUAGUGAAAGAGACGGUCCACGUCACCCUUCCCCCGCAAACAAUUCAUGUCACUCAGCCCCCGCAAGUUAUCAAGGAGACGGUACACAUCACUCAACCUCCUCAAAUCAUCAGGGAGACUCUUCCUCCUCAAAUAAUCAAGGAGACUUUGCCUCCUCAGAUUGUCAAAGAAACCGUUCAUGUUACCCUACCACCUGUCCGGGAGACAGUUCAUGUCACCUUGCCUCCUCAAGUAGUCAAGGAGACCGUACAUAUCACACAGCCUCCUCAGGUUGUCAAGGAGACAGUUCACGUCACGCAGCCUCCACAGAUAAUCAAGGAGACCCUGCCGCCUCUGCCGCCUCAAAUCGUCAAAGAAACCAUACACGUCACUUUGCCUCCAGUCAAGGAGACAGUACAUGUUACCUUGCCUCCUCAGGUAAUCCACCAAACCUUGCCGCCUCAGGUGGUCAAGGAGACGGUACACGUUACCCUUCCUCCGCAGGUGGUCAAGGAAACGGUUCAUGUCACUUUACCUCCCCACGUCAUCAAGGAGACGGUACACGUUACGCAGCCUCCUCACAUCAUCAAAGAGACGGUUCAUGUUCCUCAGCCUCCGCAGACUGUACACGUAACGCAACCUCCCCAAGUCAUCCAUCAAACGGUUCACGUCACCCAGACGGUCAGCCACUGCGCAACAACAAUCGCAGCGCCAGUCUUGGGCCAUCAACCCUCCCCACCUCCGGCAGUGCAUCCCUCGGCGGCACCAGUAGCACCACCGGUUCAUGAAGCACCCCAGCCGGCCCACACCUUGGCUCCUCCGGUCCAUACCCCUCCACCGGUCAUGCACCCUGCCCCGGUAACCCCGCCAGUUCAUCAAGCGCCGCCAGCCGAGGUGAUGCCCGUUCAUACGCCUCCUACCGAGGCUAUGCCAGUACACACACCCCCCGCAGAGGCUGCCCCGGUCCAUACGCCUGCCGCUGCCCCUCUCGUUCACGAAGCCCCGGCAGUUGCUCCUCCAGCCCACGUGGCGCCUCCCGCUGGGGCUGCCCCCCCUGGUCAUCAGAUCCCUCCCAUUGGGUUCACACCAAUCAACCCUCCAGCGGAGGCACCAGCGGCACCAGCCGAACCAGCGUCUUCACCGGCACACCCUAUGAAGAUGAGGUUUAUGGCUCGGAGAUGA